AUGGUCAACGAUUUGAAGCCUGCCCAGAGGCACAUAGGCGAAUCUCAACCAAGCGAGAGGCAAGAUGAUUUCGGAGACACCUCAUUACUGUCAAAACCCCUCAUGCUCAGUAGAGUACGCUACAUGUCCCUACAAAGGACGCGACAAAUUAUUGAGGAAAGCCUCGAACAAUUCUUAAUAUCUGAAAUUCCAGAACGCAAGAAGAAAGCCGUAUAUAGAAAUGAUUCGCAUAAAGACAUUGAACCCCAGUCAACGACGCAAUUAUUAUCAUCCUCACGAGCUGUCGAUAUCGCCGACGACAAUGUGGAUCUGAUAGGCUCAGAUCGUGGAAAAAACGCAUCGUCUUCAAUCGGUCAUUCUUAUUCUGAUCAAAAAAGACUUGAUGAAUCAACCACCUCACAAUGCCAAGAUAAAUCCAAACGUGUAUUCCGAAUUUUGGAGAGGUACAUUACGGCAUGCUUCAGCAGCGAAUGUCUGAACAAUUCUUUCCUAUUUUCUCGACCGAACCAGUCACUGAGAGCUGCAAGUGAAAGUGUUAUCACCAAAACUCCUGAGACAGCAUCCCCAGACACUGUUGACAGCGCCGCCGACCUGUACCCUGAGAUCGAUGCAAAAACUCUGCUCGUCGGCGAUUUCGCAGAAAACGGCACCUGGUGGGCAGGCAGGUCUCCGCCAGCCGAAAGCAUUCGACCUCAGACGGCGAAAGGGUCAAUAGAUAGCUACAGCGACAAAGCCAAUGCAAAGGGCCCUAGUAUUAACUGGUCUGAAGUUUACGAGUGGUACAACCUUAUCAACUCGUUGCAAAGCUCGUGGAGGCUGAAGCUGCACAGCUUUAAGGCAAAUAAAGUGGUAAAUGAGCAUUCUCCAAUAGCUUCGGAUGCGCAGAUUCAAGUCAUGGACGAGCGCAUUGCUGAGUCUAGUAGCCAUGUCCAGCGCACUCUGUUCAAAGCAAGUGAGGCUUUACUGCGACGUCCUGGGCGUCCUCUGAAGCAUGCCAUUGAAAGUCGAUUUCUUCUCAUCUUACUUGCCAAUCCAAAUCUCUCCAUGAAGGAGGCGAAUCUGUCAAUCCAAUCGUUUCCUAGCACGACCAGAGACGCGUCCAAUCGGGGAAUGUCAGAGAGUACAGUUGUGACUUCUACCGCGGUCAUGCCGUUCUCAUCAAAAUUGUUACCACCAACAGGCUCCAGUAGCAACUUGUCGAGGCAUUCAGGCAUUAUUAAACGCAUCUUAGGUAUUAUGUCGAAUCUUCCGCCUGACUGCCACCACUAUCUCAUCAGCUGGUUCUCGCGCUUCACACAACAACAUUUGCGGAAGGUUGUCGAGCUGGUGGGGAGCUUUGUUACUUAUAGACUUUCUAGGGUUAGCGGGAGAAAGCGUACCAACAGUCAUGAUCCAACUGUUGGAGGUUUAAUUCCCAGUAUCUCAGGCCCCGGUGCUGGAACCUCCGCUCAACUCCACGCUGCCAUCGGAGUCUCCCAAGGUGCCAAGUCUCAGGAAAACAAUACAGGUGGAACAACAUACAGCGAUGAUUGGCAAAUAAAGGCCGCAGCAAAAGUUAUGUCACUCCUUUUCGCCGCCAGCAAUAACGACCCCAUCAGGUGGCGUGAAGGCCAUCAGAAGACCUCGCAACCACUGGGUAGGCCACGAGCGAUUUCAAUCACGCAAAAGCGAGCACACAGAAAUGGCCAACUCCUUCCUACCAGCGCGUUCUACAAUACCAUGCUAGACUACACUGACCUCAUCGCAGACUUUGACACUUGGGAAUCAAGACGAGGCAAGCUUUCCUUUUGCCAAUAUCCCAUGUUCUUCUCCAUCUGGGCCAAAAUCCACAUUCUUGAGCACGAUGCUCGCAGGCAGAUGGAAAUCAAAGCUAGAGAGGCGUUCUUCAACAGUAUAAUGAGCCGAAAAGCGAUCAGUCAGUAUCUCAUCCUGAAGGUGCGAAGGGACUGUUUAGUUGAAGAUAGCCUGCGGGGUGUCAGUGAAGUUGUGGGCACGGGCCAAGAGGAAAUUAAAAAGGGGCUUCGCAUCGAAUUCAUUGGAGAAGAAGGCCUCGACUCGGGCGGCCUUCGAAAGGAAUGGUUUUUGCUGCUGAUCCGAGAGAUCUUUGAUCAAGAGCAUGGGCUGUUCGUGUAUGACGAGGACUCACAAAACUGCUAUUUCAAUUCCCAAACCUUCGAGACUUCGGAUCAAUUUUUCCUUGUUGGUGCGUUACUUGGACUUGCAAUCUACAAUUCGACAAUCCUAGACGUCGCUUUACCACCCUUCGCAUUUCGCAAGCUCUUGGCCUCGGCUCCGACGUACACGGGUCCCUCAACGUUUUCCUCUCGUCCGAUCCACGCUUCAUCAUUGGAUGACCUCGCUGAGUUCAGACCCGUCCUUGCCCAAGGGCUUCGAAAGCUUCUUGAGUACGAUGGCGAUGUAGAAUCGACGUUUCUUCGUGAUUUUGUUGCUGCGACUGAACGUUACGGACAAAUCCAGUACGUGCCGCUCUGUCACAACGGUGAGCAUAGGCCGGUUACGAACAGCAAUCGCCGGGAAUAUGUGGACCUCUAUGUCCGCUAUCUUCUGGAUACUUCCGUCUCUCGCCAAUAUGACCCUUUCAAACGCGGCUUUUUCACCGUGUGCGGUGGCAAUGCGCUUUCCUUAUUUCGACCCGAGGAGAUCGAGUUGCUCAUAAGAGGCUCAGACGAGCCCCUUGAUGUUGCAACAAUUCGAGCGGUAGCCAUCUAUGACGGCUGGGGCGUCGGCGUUGAGCCAGCUGAUCAGAUUCCUGUGAAAUGGUUCUGGGAAGAAUUCGAAGGGGCACAACCGAAAGACCAACGGAAAUUGCUCAGCUUCAUCACGGCUAGCGACCGGAUUCCUGCAAUGGGCGCCACAAGCCUUGUCAUCAAGAUUGUGUGCUUAGGUGACUACACGAAACGGUACCCAAUCGCACGGACUUGCUUCAACAUGAUCGGCCUCUAUCGGUAUCGAUCGAAGGAGGCUUUUGGGAGCAUGCUUUGGAGGGCUGUAUACGAGGGCGAGGGAUUUGGCAUGAAAUAA